UUCCUUUCACCAUUUUCAUCUCUCUCUCUCUCUCUCUCUACAAAUCCCUAAAGUAGGAGCGAGAACAAUUAGUUACCAGUAAAAAGCGAUUUCGAUUCUUUCUCUACAAAUCUCCAGAUCUGUUUCUCUAAUUUUUCAUCAUCCAAUUCCAAGAUUUAGGGAAUAAACAAGAAAGGGGAACUAUGUCUUCCCUUAGCAGGGAGUUGGUGUUUUUAAUACUCCAGUUUUUAGAUGAAGAGAAGUUUAAGGAGACGGUUCACAGGCUGGAGCAAGAGUCAGGUUUUUUCUUCAAUGUUCGUUACUUUGAGGAAAUGGUGACGAAUGGCGAAUGGGAUGAGGUGGAGAAGUAUCUUUCGGGAUUCACGAAGGUGGAUGAUAACAGAUAUUCGAUGAAGAUCUUUUUUGAGAUACGGAAACAGAAAUACCUAGAAGCCCUAGACAAGAAGGAUCGUGCUAAAGCCGUUGAAAUUCUAGUGAAGGACUUGAAGGUGUUUUCGGCUUUUAAUGAAGAUCUUUUUAAAGAAAUAACUCAGCUUUUGACUCUGGAGAAUUUCAGAGACAACGAACAAUUAUCUAAAUAUGGAGACACAAAGUCUGCAAGGGGUAUAAUGUUGGGCGAGCUUAAAAAGUUGAUCGAAGCAAAUCCUCUUUUUCGCGAUAAGCUAAACUUCCCAACGUUAAAAAACUCAAGAUUGCGUACACUUAUCAAUCAAAGUUUAAACUGGCAACAUCAGCUGUGUAAAAACCCUAAACCGAAUCCUGACAUAAAGACUUUGUUCGUUGACCAUUCUUGUGGACAGUCACAGCCAAACGGUGCUAGGGCUCCAUCCCCCGUAAAUAAUCCGUUAAAUAAUCCAUUAAUGGGUGCGGUACCAAAACCCGCAGGCUUUCCACCUCUGGGUGCUCAUGGACCUUUUCAGCCUGCACCAGCAACUCUGCCGACGUCUCUUGCUGGUUGGAUGGCAAAUCCAUCCACCGUUCAUCCGUCAGCUUCUGCGGGUCCUCUCGGUUUCAAUCCACCAAGUAAUUCUGCCAUGUUAAAGCGCCCCAGGACUCCACCAACCAACAACCCUGUUGUCGACUACCAAACCGCUGACUCCGAACAUGUGUUAAAGCGAACAAGGACAUUCGGUAUUUCCGAAGAACAGGCCAAUCAUUUGCCUGUAAACAUCUUACCUGUUGGUUACAGCGGUCAAAAUCAAAGUCAUGGUCAAAGCUCAUAUUCGUCUGACGAUUUACCAAAAACGGUGGUGAUGACCCUAAAUCAGGGUUCGGCAGUUAAAAGCAUGGAUUUUCAUCCAGUACAACAAAUUCUUCUUCUUGUUGGAACAAGCACAGGGGAAAUCAUGAUAUGGGAACUUGCUAGCAGAGAACGGCUUGCUCAUAAGAAUUUUAAAGUUUGGGAUCAUAGCGCCUUUUCAAUGCCUUUGCAGGCUGCUUUGACCAAUGAUUAUACUGCAUCAAUCAAUCGUGUAACUUGGAACCCUGACGGAACCCUCUUUGGCGUUGCAUACUCGAAGUACGUCGUGCAGAUAUACUCAUACAAUGGUGGUGAUGAUGUCCGAAACCACUUGGAGAUUGAGGCUCAUACUGGCAGCGUUAAUGACCUCGCGUUCUCUUACCCAAACAAACAACUUUGCAUCGUGACGUGUGGAGAAGACAGACUAAUCAAGGUUUGGGAUGCCGCAACGGGUGCGAAACAGUUUACGUUUGAUGAUCAUGAAGCACCUGUAUAUUCUAUAUGUCCACAUUUUAAAGAAAACAUUCAGUUUAUAUUCUCGACAGCAACUGACGGGAAAAUAAAAGCAUGGUUAUACGACAAUAUGGGUUCAAGAAUCGAAUAUGAUGCACCAGGUCAUUCAUCCACCCGAAUGGCGUACAGUGCAGAUGGAACGAGGUUAUUCUCAUGUGGUACCAAUAAAGAAGGGGAAUCAUACGUUGUAGAAUGGAAUGAAAGUGAAGGGGCUGUAAAACGAACAUAUAACGGGCUUGCGAAGCGAUCGGUUGGCAUUGUGCAAUUCGAUACGACCAAAAACCGUUUUCUUGCUGCCGGUGACGAGUUUCUUGUUAAAAUUUGGGAUAUGGAUAGCGUAAACUUGUUGACGACUGUUGAUGCCGAUGGUGGUUUACCGGCUUCUCCUUGCGUACGGUUCAACAAGGAAGGGAUGCUAUUGGCUGUCACAACAAAUGAUAAUGGUAUCAAGAUUUUAGCUAAUCCAGAUGGAAUUAGGCUUUUAAGAACUGUUGAGACUCGCGCGUUUGAUCCGUCUAGAGUUGCAUCGGCAUCUAUUGUGAAGAGUUCCGCUAUGACCACAUUCGGUGCUUCUAAUCCAUCUGCGGGACCCAGCAUUAUGGAAAGAGUUACACCAGUGACCUCAAUGGUUACAAUGAACGGUGAGAAUCGGAGUUUGGUUGAUGUUAAACCUAGAAUCGGAGAUGAAUCCAUGGAAAAAUCUAGAAUAUGGAAGUUGACAGAAAUCACAGAACCGUCACAAUGCCGCUCAUUAAGGCUUCCGGAUUCUACAUCUUCUACCAUGCGGGUUUCACGGUUGAUAUACACAAACUCCGGACUUGCGAUAUUGGCUCUAGCAGCCAAUGCCGUCCAUAAACUAUGGAAAUGGCAGCGAAACGAUCGCAAUUCAACCGGCAAGGCUACCGCAAAUGUUGUCCCUCAGUUAUGGCAACCGACAAGUGGCAUCUUGAUGACAAAUGUUAUUAGUGACACCAACCCCGAAGAAGCGGUCCCGUGUUUCGCACUGUCAAAGAAUGACUCCUAUGUUAUGUCUGCAUCUGGCGGAAAAAUCUCGUUAUUCAACAUGAUGACAUUUAAGACUAUGACUACAUUUAUGCCCCCUCCACCUGCGGCAACGUUUUUAGCGUUUCAUCCACAAGACAAUAAUAUUAUAGCCAUCGGCAUGGAAGACUCGUCUAUCCAAAUCUACAACGUUCGCAUAGACGAGGUUAAAACCAAGCUUAAAGGGCACAGUAAACGGAUAACAGGCUUGGCGUUCUCAAACGUGCUUAAUGUUCUAGUAUCUUCCGGUGCUGAUUCACAAUUGUGCGUUUGGAGCACGGAAGGAUGGGAGAAACAAACGAGUAAAAAUUUGCAAAUUCCACCCGGACGCGUUGCGGCUCCUGUAGUGGAUACACGCGUACAGUUUCACAACGAUCAAACACAAUUGCUAGUAGUCCAUGAAACUCAGAUAGCUAUAUAUGAAGCACCUAAACUUGAACGCAUGAAGCAGUGGGUCCCGCCAGAAACAAGUGGUUUGAUCACACACGCGACUUUUUCAUGCGAUAGCCAGUCGAUUUACGCGAGUUUCGAGGAUGGCAGUGUCGGUAUACUUACCGCAUCAUCACUCCGGUUAAGAUGUCGUGUCACUUCCGCAUCAUACUUGCCAACCAAUCCAAAUUCAAGGGUGUAUCCACUUGUGGUUGCUGCGCACCCAACCGAACCGAAUCAAUUUGCAUUAGGAUUGACUGAUGGCGGUGUGGUUGUGCUCGAGCCGCUAGAAUCAGAAGGGAAAUGGGGCACCUCACCGCCUAUUGAAAACGGGGCUGGUCCGAGCAGUUUGACUGCUGGUGCGACAAGUACGACUGAUCAAUCGCAAAGGUAAUAUUUAUAUCGAGAUUUAGGUACAGCGGUGAGUGUAGGGAAGUUAUUAUACCUGGAAUAUGUAGUGUUAUAGAUCUUUAGAAUCAGGUAUAGAUGGUGUAAAGAAAAUCUUUAAAGACAUGUUGUCAGACAAUUUGUGUUUCAAGUUAUUAUUGGUUUCGGUAGUGAGUUAUACAAAGGUUUUGUCAGCUC